UCCGAGGUGCUCCUCUGGCCCGCAGCGAGACCCUCCUCCUCCUCGCGGCCCCACGCGCGCUGCCGGGACAUGGUGGCUCGGCUCGGCUCGGCUCGGCGCUGCCCGGGCUGCAAACCCCUCCCCGGCCCGGCCCCUCCCGGCCGAGGUGCGGAGCUGUGGGGCGGAGACUGGGGCGUGGGGCUCCCCCCCCCAGGAAGCCGCCGGCCCCUCCUCGCCCUUUCCUCCCCACGCCACGCGCUCGGGGCGCGGCCGGGGGCUGCGGGCGCGGAGCAGAGCCCCCGGGAGACCCCUCCCCGGGCGGGGGGGGAGCAAAGCCCCGGGACCCCCGCGCCUCGGCACCCCCGGGUCCGCGAACCUGGCGAGUCGGGACCCCCAGCCCCAUACCCGAGAGCUGCGGGACCCGCGGGACCCGCGCUUUGGGGGCUCAGGACCCCCGGGUCUGCAAACCCGGGGUCCUCAGGACCCCCGUCCCCCCGCCCUGGAGCUGCAGGACCUAUGGGACACCGUGGGCUCAGGACCCCAGGUCUGCAAGCACAAAGCACUUGGAGUCCCCAGGUUCACAAGACGAGGAGGCUUGGGGCCUCCCAGCCCCACGCCCCAGAGCUGCAGGACCCAUGGGACCCAUAUCCACGGACUACAAGACCCCACGUGUGCAAGCCCAGGAGGCUCAGGACCCCCAGGCUCACAAGCCCAGGAGCCCCAGAGACCCUGAGCCACCCCCAGGCCCUGUCCCCAGGGACCUCAGCACCACCUGGUUCCCUAGGCCAGGGGAUUUGGGAUCUGGCACACCCACAACCAGGGAUAACAGGACUGCCAAGUUUGCAAGGCUCAGGACCACCAAAUCCAUAUGCCCAGGGUCCUCAGGACCCCCAGAGCUACAGGACUCAUGGGACCCAUAUCCUGGGGCUACAGGACCCUGAGCUUCACAAGACCAGGAGGCUCGGGACCGCCAGCCCUGUGCCCCACAACUGCAGGACCCACGCUCCCCACGCUCAGGGGGCUCGGGACCCCCCUGCCCCGGGGCUGAGAGCCGCCAUCCGCAUGCCCACGCGGGUGCAGGAGCUGGGCUCCUCCACCCCAGGCAGCGCGUGGGGCUGGAGCCAGCGUGGGGCUGGAGCCAGCGCUCCCGGCAACGCAUUCCAGGCGCUCCUGCGCCGCGUCUGGCACAGCCAGGGCGGGCAGCCGCCGGCCCCGCGCCUGCCGCCAGCACAGCACCCAGCUCUGCUGAGCUCCUGGGGCCUCACCCCACCGCCCCCCUGCCCCAGGGGCACCCGUGGGGUGCUUGCAAGGGAUGGGGGGUGCGGGCAGUGCUGCCGGGGGCACACGGAGGAAUCCCGUCCCUGGCACCAGGGAGCACCCCUGCUCACAUGGGACCUCGUAACCUGCCUGGCCACGCGUGUCCCCCAGGAGACCCCCAGCCGCCCUGACCCUGCCCACGGCGCCCAGCACGCAGGCUGCUGGCAGGAACGAGGGCAGCAAGAGAAAGGGCACAGCCGGCGCAGCACAGCCCCACGCAGAGGCUGGCACCCACACAGCGCCAGCACUGGCGCCGACCAGCCUGGCCCCGCCGCCAGUGCUGGGACACGGCCCGACCCUUGCGUGGAUUCCGAGAGACACAGAGGCCGGCGAACAUCACCCCGUGCCCUGCUCGUGGCACACUGCAGGCAGUGCCCACCGGCACCGACCCCACCAGGUCGGCUCCGGCAGAGGCAGGCGCAGAGGCAGGAGCGGGGCUGCUGCUCUGGCUGCCCGCUGCCGGGAAGGAGCCGCCCCGCUCCCAGCGCCGGCCGCUCUCCCGGCCCAGCACCGCCUGCUGGGCUGGGGCCAGGGCCAGGCGCUGAGGAAUGCGGGCGGCAGCAAGCUGCAAAGGCGCAGAUUUUCCGCCAACAACACAUCUGGAGCAGCGAGCUACAGCUGCGGGAGCGCGGCUGACGCCAACGCGCGUCAGAGGGCAGGGACAUACCUGAGCCACAGCUCAUCCGCACGCGGCACCGUGGCGCUGGCUGCCACAGAUGGGAUGGGCACAGGGGGCAACGGUGCCUCGGCAGGGGUUGACACGGGGCACCCGGGUCAGGGGGGCAAGGGGCGCCUGUGCCUCCGGGUGGGGCCACACAGGCGGCUCCGUGCCGGCGUGUUUUGCUCCACCUGUACCCACGCCCAGCACCGGCACCACGGGGCCACGGCACAGACAGCGCCCACACGCUGCCGAAGGAUCCGGCCACCGCAGCGCAGCCAAGAGCUCUCCCUGCCGGAGCAGCGGGCGCCUGGGCUGCAGCACAGGCAGGCACCCCGGCACCGAUCCCAGCCCUGGCCCCGCUCCAACGCAACACCAGAGCCUGAGCACCGUGCAGUGGCGGAGCGAGACGCGCGGCACAGGCUGCUGGCAAGGGCCGGAUCCAGGCCGCCACGACAGCCCUGGGGCCGGGAGGCAGCGCCGGCUCCCGCGCUUCCCACGGUGAGGCACCGGGCGCUCCCAUACCCCUCACUCGGUCGCGCAGCGGCCACCAGCACCUCCCCGCCGCCCCGGUGCCACCGCUGAGCGUCCCCAGCUGGUGACAGCCCCGCAGCACCGUGCCCCGGGGGUGAGCACAGCGUCGGGCAGGGUGGCGCAAGAGGCAGCUCGCGGCCCGUGGGCAGGCCGGAGGGCGGCGUGGGACGGUGCGCGGCGGCGGUGGCGUGGCUACGGUGGCACUUUGAAGAUCUGAAGAGCCCCGGAGCAGCCCCGGGGACAGGGAGGGCUCCCGGCACCGGGAGCUGCCAGCCCGGCCUCACCGGGCGCCGAGCUGCUCCCCGCCUCCGCCGGGGGCCGCGGGGCCCCGUGGGCGCUGCACCGGCCGGGCCGGCCCGUCGGGACCCACCACACCUCGCCGCCCCCGGCGCCACCGGGGGCACCCGGACCCUGGACCCCUCCCAUGCCCGCUCCCCUCCCGCAGCACCGGGACUGGUGCCGGCCCUUGGGGGGGCUCUGCGCGUGGCUCCCCUGGCCCCGUGC